AUGCUGCCUCUCAGUCGGUUUCUGCAGCCGUCGCUCCUCGUCCUUUACGGAUGUCGCAGAUGCUGCUGGCCGUGGUCUGAGCCUGGUCGCCUGGAUGUUUCGCCCGUCCGGCGCGGAUUUGAGACGCUGUCGUUCUCGUUGUUUGCCUUGUGCAAUGUCUCCUCCGGUGGAGCACAGCGUUGCGCACGCUGGCAGGCUAAGAUCAGAGAGCGUGCCGAUAGAGACUCUGGUGCUGGCGAUUGGCGUAUCCUGUGCUUGUCGGUCGGUCGGUCUGUCGAAGGAGUCGAGGCUGAAGUGAGAAGACUCGGUGAGAGGAAAGUUGAGGAAGUGGGCUGCACCCGUGCUGAAUUGUAUUUCACCGGUCUGAGGGGUACUCAUGAGAAGACAGGGGUUCUUGAGACCACGCCACGCGAGAAGAGGAGCCGAGCAUCUUCCCGCCCCUGCCGAGUGGAUAGAUUUCAGGCUGCCCGUCUGAUGGGAACGAGGCGACAGGGGUUGUGGAGAGAAUGCCAUGGAGCCGACUGUUGUGCCGUUUGCUUCGUCUGCAUGGAAGGGCCAAGGAUCAAGCUAAUCAAGUGUCAGGAAAUCUCUGAUGCUGGAUCUGCUGAUGCUUCUGACUGUUGCUCACGGCGAAGGCUGUUACGAUUUCCAGCCAACGAUUGCAGAAGCCGCUACAACUUAGCACAUGGUGAUCGGUUGGUCUCGGGAGGCGAUGGAUGCCCAAGGCUGUCCUGUCUGGCCGAGGUGUGGACUGGGAUGCGUGUGCUUACGUGA